AUGAAGUCUACUGAGCUGGGAUUUCUUUUGGGGUUCUUCGCCUUCUUCUUGCUGACUACCCCACUAAUGGGUGGUGUUACUAGGAUUUCUGAGAAAAUAUGUGGAAAACUCAAAGAUCCCUGCUUAAUGGACUACCGAUUUGGCAGCUGCUUUGAAAUUCACCUUAGAUAUUUCUACAACAAAACUUCCAAAAGAUGUGAAAGUUUUGUCUACUCUGGCUGUGAUGGCAAUCUUAACAACUACAAGCUUAAAAUAGAAUGUCAAGUAGCCUGCGAUGAAGAGUACAAAGCAGCGGUGAAGUAA